AUGUCGUCACGACGGGCUGCCAUUUCGCUCUACCGGCGCUCCCUGAAAUUGGCUUUGGACUGGGCAGUCCAACGCCAGCUUUGGCGCGGGCAAGCACUUUACAUACGAUCGCUGUUCGAGGCAAAUCGCAACGUCACCGAUCCCAGACAGCAAAGGGCCUUGCUAUCCGAGACGGAGAAGUUGCUUGAUACGUGGAAGCACCCUGACCCAUAUAUUCCACCGACUGCACCUGGAGGAUCUAAGUACGAGCGAAAUUUACCCUCACCAAUUCUGGAUCCGCCUCCCCAUUCCGUCAACCGACACUGA